AUGCGGCAGAUCGGAAAGCUGACGCGCUUCGAGAGCAUGCUGGGCGGUGAGACGCCUCCGGUGGCCCCCGAUGAUCUCAGCGUGUGCCGCACGUUGGACAAGCGGUUCGUGGACUAUUGGGCCUUCCAGGGUGACAUGGGGGGCAGCCAUAUAGCCGAUCAGAUGUACGCCUCAUGUGGCAGGCUCUGGUUCUACGGCAAAUGGCAUUUCUGGAACGGCCAGCGCUUCGAGGUGGACGGCACCGGAAGCUACGUCCGCUUCGUCGUCAUGCACCAGCUCAGUCGGGUGUACCAACGCGUGCGGGAGGAGCUCCACGAGCAGCUGAGGGGCCGGUGUGGGUGA